ACGGCUUCCAAAAUAAAAUCUAAGAGUGUUGCUCUAUUGUGUGUUAAUCGCGUAACGCCUUUCGAUUAGAAUCGUUGAUCAUCAGCUUGUCCACCACAAUCAUCAAUAAUAAUUAUAUAAAUUAUUUGCGAGCUAUAUCUUUGAUGACAGCUAGUUGUGUUGUGUGAGUACGAAACCGAUUCCACAACUCGUACAACCCGAAUGUGUUUCGUCAUUAAACUGCAGUUUUAAACGUCAUGCAUUCUCCGCUAUUUUGUUACCCACCGGUGACCAAUACUACGCUGUCUUCAACACUGUUGGCAUCAGUAGACCCAAUCCAUACCACUAAUUCACUGAUUGAGCGGAUCAGAGUAAUUACAAGCUACAUCGACGAUGCAAGUGAAAGAGAUUUGUAUAAUAUCUUUGUCGAUAUAAUAUUUGAAAUUUUUGGACGUGGCUCCGAUAAAGGAUGGGCAUUAGAUAAGCUCAAGACAAAAAUAUCUGAUGAACAAAAAUACAUUUGUCGAGAACCUGAUAGCGUGUAUCAUUUUUUAUCUAGUAGUGGCCAUGUUUUUAAAUUAUGUUAUAAUUUGCUGUCCAACAAUUUGCUAAAAUUUAAUAUUUAUUUUUCUGAUUUGCCAAUUGAGCUUAGACGAAAAAUUGAUAAAUCAUUUGGACAAUCUUAUUAUGGUUCACGUUUUUUAUAUCAUACUGAUUCAGCUUCACCUAUUGGACUAAACUUGAGUAUCGAAUCAUUCAUUGAUUUAACAAAGUUAAUAAGAUGCUUUAUAAAACAUUUACAUUUGUAUUCAAAUUGUGCUAAGCAUCAGCCAGUAGACAAUUUAAAACUAAUAUUGAUGGCUCGUCAUGGUAUACAAAUCUAUCAGUAUUUAUCAUAUUAUAUGGUUAAUUGGCCACAGGAUUUUUCAUUUCGCCUUUUACUUGAGAAUUGGCUUUGUUACAUUCAACCUUGGCGUUAUGACGAUUCAUCUAAACAGCCAUGUUCUAUCACAGAAUUAGAAAUGAAUGAUAAAUGGAGAAUUUUUAUCAUCAGGAAUUUACUGUGUUAUACUAAAUUAUUUUAUCUUGCUAUAAAAAGAUUCAUUUGUAUAGAUGUGUGUUCACCAAGAUAUUCUAUCAUGGUUUAUCGUAUGCUAAAAGUUUUUACCCACCCAUAUUUACUGAAAAUGAUACUUGAUAUAGAACAUAUGUAUACAAGCAACCAACCACAACAUAAAAAAUGGAAUACACUAUUGUCUGAAUGUUUGAUAGAAGCUGAAGGYCCAUCRUUUAAAUAUGAACUAAUGUUUUCAGAAGAACGUAAUUGUGAAUAUAAAUUAUUUUAUUUGAAACUACAAAAAUCAUUGGAUCAUGUUGCUGGAGAAUUAUGCCGCUAUCAAGAAGACCAAAUAGAUAGAAAUAAUUCAUCCAUGUUGGAAUUAAUUUUAAUGCCUAGAAAAAAUAAAAUGUCAGACUAUACUCUCAAUGAGUGGACAGAUAUUGAAACUAAUCUUAAAUCAUCAUUAAUGUUCAUGGAGCAAAUUAUUAAUGUUAAUGUUACAACUAUGCCAGUGUUAGCCGAUUUGUCGGCGUGGUCUAUUUCUGGUGUAAGUGGAAAUAAUACUACUUCUAGCAUAUUCAAUAAAAGUCAAUCUCUUGUUCAAUCAUUUGAACGUAACACUAUGAGUUUAUCUUUUAGACCUGUAAUUCAUGCGAAAGAAUGGGAGAUCGACCCAGAUUUCUUGGAAACUUUAUCCUAUGAAAACUAUUACCUUGUAAAAUUAAGCAAAUUUUUAAGAAAUACUGUUGAGUUAUAUUUUAAUACACACAUACUACGUUUAUCGACAGAAAAUUCUAUUCUUGCGGGCGUUCUGCGUCAAGCAUUAAUAAGGGAACCAAUGAAAAUAUUUUCCUAUGAGCCUAGAAAUGAUGGAUCUGGAAAACGUGUCAGAACGCCUAAAAUUCUUCCACCCACAAUUAGUUUUCGGUGGAUAGCAUCAUACUUUAAUCUUUGUUGGAUUUUAUUUUUGUUGACAUUAACUUUAGUAUUUAACAAAACUGGUUUUUGGAUUGGCCUGUUCUAUGUCUUGCGUAUUGUAUAUUUAUGUCUAAAAUAUUUAAUUGGGUAUGCACCACCAUUCAAGUGGGACAAUAUUCACGAAAACUAGUUUUUUAUACAUUUUUUUUUUUUGCAUUUAUCUUGCUAAAUGUCAUUUUUAAGUUAAAUAACUAAAUUUGUACUGA